AUGUACUUUCACGAGCUGAUCGCCCGUGGCUUUAUUUCGCGAACAGAAGAUUACGGUCCAGUUUUGAGCAUUUUAGAGCGUUUGGCGCCAUCUACAAACCCCGGCGUCGAGUUCGCGGAGCUCGAGAGACUCUACCGGAUACCGAGCGCCCUCAACACGAACAGGCAUCUGAGAUUUUCGCAACCCGAAGUUGUUGUACGUUUCAAUCUGCUUCCGGAAAAUGAGGCACCGGAACCUGCCGCUCAGGUAGACCUGUACGUGCGGACCGUGCAGAGGAACGAGGGGACUGUGAGAGCUCGGCGCUUUUGCCGAACUACUUUGCCACCUGUCGAUGCCCUCUGUUUCGUUGAGGGGUUUUUGCCUGAGGCUACCUUCGCUUUUGAACGUGUCCGCCGCGGAAAUCGCUUUUGUUUCCGAGAUGGAACAGUGAUGGACGUCUUCCGCCUGGAGCGAGUGUGUUCAGAUUCGAAAGGGAAUUUCCACUCAGAACUGCUCUCGGAGCUCAAAUGGAUUGUAGAGUUGAGAUGCUUGCGUAGUCUCAACGCUCUCGGAUCUGAGAUUUCUGCAGAGCCUCAAUGCAGCAUUUCAGAUAUGCUGGGAAAAAGACUUUCCCUGCUUGCACCGUAUGUUGUCCAAGUGUAG